UUUCCAUCUCAGUCAAAUGGGCACGGAGCCGGCGUCGGUGGCGGCGGCGAGGAAGCUGCAUCACCUCCUCCGCUCCCGCGACCUCCGCCCGGCGCUCUCCUACCUCCGCACCCUCCCCUCACCGUUCACCCUCCUCCCCAACCACGCCCUCAACGCCCUCCUCCGCGCGCUCGCCGCCGCUGGCCGCGUCCGCGCCGCCACCUCCCUCUUCCGCGCCAUUCCCGCCCCAACUCCGCAUUCCUUCAACUCCCUCCUCGCCGCCCUCCUCCGGCGCGGCCGCCGCCGGGCGGCAUCCGCGCUCCUCGCGGCGUUCCUCCGCUCCACCCACGCCUCCCCCGACGCCGCCACGCUCAACACCCUCCUCCACGGCCUCUCCGCCGCCUCCCCGCGCCCGUCCGCCCCCACGCUCCUCAAGAUCUUCCGCUUCUUGCCAGAGACCUACGCCUUCGCCCCCGACGCCAUUUCGUACAACUCCCUGCUCUCCGCCCUGUGCCGCGCGGGCGACCUGGCCACCGCGCGCAAGCUGUUCGACGGAAUGCGCGCGAACGAAGAAGGCAGGAAAGGUGACGCCUUUCCUAAUGUCGUCACCUACACAACCAUGAUCAAGGUGUACUGUACAAAGAGACUCGCUGACGAGGCACUCGCGGUCUUCAAGAUGAUGGUUGCGGAUGGCGUGGCGCCGAAUAGGAUCACCUACAACACGAUGGUGCAGGGCUUCUGUGAGGCCGGAAGGAUGGAGCUGGUGAAGGAGGUGUUCGAGAUGGACUCGUUUAAGCCAGACACAUGCACAUUCAACACGCUGAUGGCUGCACAUUGCAGGGAAGGGCGGAUCGAGGAUGCAAUGAAGGUGUUUGAUCAAAUGGUGGGGCUCCAUGUGAGACGUGACUCUGCAAGCUAUAGCAUGGUGAUCCGGGUGUUGUGCGAGUGUGGCCAUUUUCGUAGAGCUGAAGAGCUUGUAGAUGAGCUCUUGGAGAAGGAGGUGCUCAAGAAAAGAGGUGGUUGUGUACCACUCAUCGCGGCGUACAACCCAGUUUUUUUGUACUUUUGUGAGAAUGGGAAGGCAAAGAAGGCCAGGAUGCUGUUCGGGCAGCUGUUGGAUCAGAGGAGCAAGGCUGAUGCCCCAGCAUUCAAGACAUUGAUCCUAGGACAUUGCAAGGAGGGAGAUUUCGAAGAAGGGUACCAGCUGGUGCUCUCGAUGUUGAAGAGGGAUCUUGUGCCUGACAGUGAAUGCUAUAAUACUGUUAUAGAUGGUUUUCUGCAGAAGGGAAGGAUGAAAUUUGCUUGGGAAGCUCUGCACAGGAUGUUAAAUAGCGGUCUUCGGCCUAGCACAAGUACAUUCCACUCGGUUCUUUUGGGGCUUUUGAAGAAAGAUGGGUGUGCGAAAGAAGCUGCCGAUUUGAUCGAGAUAAUGCUGGAGAGGAAAAUCCGGCAGAAUGUUGAUCUUUCUACUAAUCUGAUUGACGUAUUGUUCAAAAAUGAUCUCAAUGAACGUGCAUACAAGAUUACUAAGUAUCUCUAUGAUAAUGGCUAUUACAUCAAGAUGGAAAAAAUAAUCGCAACACUUUGCGAGGAAAAUAAGUUCAUAGAUGCUGCAGAGUUUACUUUGUUUAGCUUGGAGAAGGGCCAUGAAUUGGGUGUGGCAGUUCACAGUCUAGUUCUGGAUGGCCUUUGCAUGGAUGGUAGAGCUUCAGAGGCAUUCAGGCUUUUCUAUGAGCUGAUUGAGAACGGAAGCACUUCUGCUGUGGCUGCACCUCGCAGUUUAGUCAUGCUUCAUCAUGCACUCGAGGAAGCUGGAAAGAUGAAAGAAGCUAAUUUUGUUGCAAAACAGAUGAGGCGUGCCACUGCCAGAAUUAGGCAAAGGAUCUAGGGACUUGCAUUGUUCCAAGGAACAUUGCAGACUGCAAUAUUUCAACGCAGUGUGGGCUUGAAGAGACAAAAGGUGAUGAAACAGGAUAUCAACUUCGUUGCAUAUUAAAUCAGUCUACACUUCAUCAAAGGAUCCAUAAUAUGGUUUGAAUUUCUUGAAUUUGCACUUCAUCAUCAGAUUGCAUGAGCUCAUCUGAUGGUCAGUCCUAAAGACAAACUGAACCCUGUAUUUCAUGAUACUGUGUUAUUAUGAUCUCACUAUUCUUGGAUUAAGGGAAGUGCAGGUGAGCAAUAGGCUGGUGCUUCUUCUCCAGGGACAUUGAAGAGAAGAGAUGUGAAUAUGGAAGCGUCUGAAAGAAACACCUAGCAAAUAGCCUAUGAGAUCUGGUGAUGUGUUAAUCCUUGUAGCUGCCGUAGAAUGCUAAGAACAAUACUGUCUGUCACGAUAUUUACGAAAAAAUGCAUCUGCUCUUCCCACCUACGGUGCUAUACCUGAAAGACUCAAAGCGCUUCAACUGCCAAACACCCUAUUUGUGUUUGGUAGGUGCCUGUGAAUGAUAGGCUAGCGUGAUACGCCUUGCAUCUCAUAGAAGAAGUCAUGUCUGGGACUCAGAAUUCCAGAAGGGGAGAGAGAGAGAGGUAGGGAGGGAGACCCUAGCCAAGUACACAAAGAGGAAUGGGAGCUGGUAGGGGAGCGGAGGUUGCAGAGAAUAGUGCUGUUCUUUGUAGGGAAGUGGGGAAAAGGGCAGUUUGGGGAGGGCCAUUCCACCAAACCGCGGGUGGUGAAAUGCGGGUCCAAACACUCAUUUUCCCCACUCUCUUAUAAAGAAGAACAUUUUUCUUCACAACCUCCGCUCCCUUCCUAACUCCCAUUCCACAUCCUCACCUAGGGUUUCUCCCUUUUUGAGGGAGAAGAGAGAGAGAGAGAUCCUAGCCAAGGACGUGAAGAGGAAUGUAAGCUGGUAGGGGAGUGAAGGUCGGGAGAAGAGUGUUCUUCUCUGUAUGGGAGUGGGGGAAAUGCAGUUUGGGGAGGGCCUAAUUACUCAGGGCUGGCCCCACCUUUCGCCUCCCCCGAUUUCGGUCAAACCAGCCCUAUCAGAGAGAGAGAUGGGCCUUCGAAACCCGGGGGGGGGAGGAGUAGGUCAGCCGUGAGUAGUUCGGCUGUCCCUAAACCAUCCUUUUUCCCACUCCUAAAGAGAUGAACACUCUUUUCACCAACUUCCGCUCCACUCCCAACCCACAUUCCUCUUUGUGCCCUCGCCUAGGGUUCUCGUUCUCAAAUCUGUCUAGAGAGAUUAUGAGUCGACUGGCAGUUGAGCGUCGGGCUUCAGAAAUCCAAGUGGCAAUUGAGCGUUGGGCUUCAGAAAUCCAAGCAUCAAUUUCUUUUGACAAUGCUGUCCCGUUGUUGUCUUCUAGUUUGCAGUAUGUGCUAUUAAUGAAGAGAUGUGGUGUCAUGGUGAAAUUGAAUAAAUGUUCGAAUCUUUUUUCCUGCUUUCAAAUUCCUGUUAUCCAUGGUUAAACAUGAGAAAUUGUUGUU